AUAACGGGGAAACAAUGAUAAUAACAGUGUGUAUAGGGCUCUUCUUGGAAGUGUUCUAACCAAUCACUUGUCAGCUCUUUGUCACGUGACUCGAUCAUGUUUGCUGCCGGGAUUUUCAUUUGUUUUUAUAUUUUUUUGCUGAAGCCUCAUCAUAGAGUGAUUGCUUGUCUCUUGACAUCCAUUCUCGCUAAAUCCAUAUGUAAAUAGCACAUCUCUCGCCCACUAUUCUUUGUUCACAGACAAUGGCUCAUCAGCUAGAAUUGGCAGAGGAAAGUAAUGGUCGUACUGGAUGUAUUUCUUAAAGAUGGGUGAUUCAAAGUCAGCCAACAAUCGUGACACCUCUGGGAAAGUUGGAGGUAAAAUGCCUAAAGGUCACAGUAAGGGAAAAGUUACAAUGAGGGAUUUCGAAAGAGGCAAGCAGAUCAAGGACCUGACUGAAAACCGGCUAAAAUCUGACUUGAAUGAUUUAGACAGCCAAGAAAUGAGCAGCAUGUUGUCAAUAAGACGUGAUCAAAGAAUGCUGAAGGAAAAAUUGUUCAAUGUGCAGAAAAGUUCUGGCCAUUACAAAAGGGACAAGAGGUCAAAUACCUUCGGGGAUCUCACACAAACAAAGGGUACAAAGCACUCAAACAAAAUGUUUGAUAAAUCGGCGGACUUGAGUUAUGUUUCAACUGGGGGUGAUUUGAUGCGAUUACCCUCUCUGGGUGUAAAACAGGCUGCAAACGACAUAGUUUCAAAAGACAACUCAACUUUUAACACGAAUAUCCAGAUAGGUACUCUUGAUGAUUCAAAACUUGAAGCCCCCAAAAGUCUCCCAAAAGCCAUUUUAGAAUCGAGGAAAAGCCAACCGAUGGAUUCUUUGAACUUGCCCGUAACGAGAAAACGCUCAAAAUCAGAGCAAAACCUAAAUGCUGCUUGGUAUUCAAAUUUGGAUGAGGUACGAUCAGUUAUUAACCAGAGACUAUCAACAUCAAUGAAUAACUUGGAUGGCAAGAAAGGAGAUGAGGAGAAGGACCUUGAACCAUUCAUGUUUGCUGUACCUGAUGGGUUGCCAAGGACAAUGUACAUGUUACCAAGUUUAGAUGAGAGAUUUCAUCAAGCCACCAAAGCCAGGUAUAUCAGAAAACCCGGUACAAAGCUCGAUCCAAUCGAGAGAGAGCUUAAUUUGAAUGAGAUCUUCAACAAAAAUGGUGAUGGAAAUUCGGAUAGGUCUUAAAAAAUGUGUCUUCUUUUUUGCAUAAAUUAUCAAUUUUUGUAUUCCAAAGUUGCCACAUAAAUCGCCUCAAAAGCUAUUUCAUAGUGUUACAGGACUGACAUAACCUUAUUGCACCUCGAAAAGUUGUAAUAUGAAUUACUAGAUUCCCCCCCCCCCCAAUUUUAAAAAGGUAUGUGUUCUACACACCAAAGAUGAGUGCUGAUAAUGUUUACCCACUCAAUAUCCAUGGAUUCAAAACUUUUAAGGCAUAUAAAAAUAUAUGAAUACUUACAAAAGAAAUGUGAAAACCACCUGUUAACUUGUCCAUACAUGUUUGGUGUAUAGAAUAGAUUUUAUGCAACUUAUAAUGUAGGCAGCAAUAUUUAAGAAUAACCUAGUUAAAAAGCCAAAAUAAUGAAUCACAAAAAGAAAGAUUUUUCAAUAUUUUCUCAACUAAAUUAAGCUUGUGUGGUCAUUGCGUUAUUUAUGCAAAACCCCUUUUGCUUCAGAAAUAAUUAUUGUUUGUGAGGUUAAAUGGUUGGUGCCAUCAAUUCAAGCUCUCAUUUUGUUAGUGUUUUUUAUGUAUAUAUUGUGGCAAAAUUAAUUUGGUUAUGUUGACAGUUUUUUAUUUGAUGGCAAAAAUCCUAUAAGGGUAUAUUUUUGACAUGAUGUUGUCCUAUACACAAAGAUUGCUGAAAGCUCUAAGUUAUAGACAAAGGAGGAUGUUCCUAUUUGACAACGAAAUGAUAUCAUUUGUAGUUUUUGAAAGUUAUUGUUGCCUAAGACUCAUUCAUUUCCAUUAUCAAAUUCUUAGUGUCAAGAAUUUGUGUUGCAAACUUUUAAAAGAUGAUCAAAGAAUGCCAUAGGUUUGUGCUUUGAUGAAUCAGUGACUUCGUUUCUUGUAAAAAUAUUUAUAAACAAUAGAAUAAUGAAUAAUAAAGACCAACAAAUAUCAUAUUCUUAAGUUGCUAAUUGUUUAAACAGAAGGCAAUAUUUUUAUAAUUCAAACAUCAGCAUGUAUAUUUUUCUAUAUGUAAAAUUUUUACAGGUGUUCUUGGUGCAUUUUAUGGUCCAUUUAAAGGAUGCCAUUUUAGUCUAGGCCAGUUGUUGGUCCUGUUGUUUACUUCCGAAUCUGGCUAUAUAAUUUGGUAUUUUAUUUGAGAAAUCUUUUGAAGUAAUGAUGUAUUUAUUGAUUUCUUUUAGUAAUUAUUUAAUUUUGGGCUGCAUUUUAAACAAACAAAGAUUUGUUCCUACUGCCACUCAUUAUGUUUUUCUGUUCUCGAUGGGCUGCAUUUUCUAACCAUUUUUAGAAUACAAGAAACAUUACUACCCAAGGUAUGAAAUGUUUGCAAUUAGUGUUUUUUGUUUACCAAAGAUAUUUGUAAUUUAUCGUUUGAAGAUAUAUUUCUGUAUCGUAUAAGGCUUAGAAAAUCAAAUGUUGAUGUUAAUAUGAAUUCUUAUUUUUAUCAUACAGAUCAGUUUUUAUCAUCUUUGCAGAUUCCUCAAGUUCUUUCUUAUCAAUCAAGAGUUAAUAAUUUGAAAAUAAGUUAUGCGUAGUCUCCUUUGAGUAAUUGUCAGUGUAUUAAACUU